GCCACUUUUCUCUUCACAAUUCAUUCAUCAAUCCAUUGUUCACUUUCAAAUCAACUCAAGAGAUUCAACCAAGAAAUAUAGAAGCUAGGGUUUUGUUACAUUUGUGUUAGCACGCAAAACUUUGCAAAUAUGGAGAGCAGCUUAGGAGACAUGUUGGUUAAGGUUGUGGUGUUCAUUCUAGUUCAAGCCUUGGUUUACCUUAUCCUCUCCAAUUCAUCAAACGUGUUCAACAAGAACAUGAAGAAAUCUAACAGCUUCAGGCCGGCACGUUCGGUGAGCAUUCGCCGGAUGCUCGCUUUGAUCUCUGAUUUUCCUCCAGAAGAAGAACCCUCUCCUUCACCGAAGGGUGCUAAAACAACAUCACUUCAUCAAAGUGAUCAAUAAUUGUAAGGAUUUAAUUAAAUUGUGGCUGCAAUUACAAAUUGGAGACAAUUUCAGCUUAUCGGGUGGCCAUAUUAAGGCUCAGAAACCUCCAAAUGUUGCGGCUGCUGUGGUGGUUACAAACUGCAAUUUAGACUAGACCCAUGCCAAGUAGAAUGUAAUUAAAUUAUUUCUCUCUCUGUUUCCUUGUGUAGAGGCUAUGGUAUUGCAAAAUUUGUUAAAAGAGUCCAAAAUUAUUGGUAUGUAGGUAUUGAAUUCUUUUGUUCAUUUAUUCUUUUAUGAUGAAUAUUGUAAUAUAUUUAUGAGUGGAAUAUUAAUGUUGACAUUAAUUUA